UUUCAUUGAAAGCGUAAAGUUCUUAUCGGGGCACGCUGGUGACAGAAUCAAACGCACCACAGUUGUAGUCUUUUCGUCAAGACUUGAUAGGGUGGCUCUGAAGAAACUACAGGCGACAAUUACUACAAGGUGCCAUGUUGACUCCGCUGUAAUUUCAGGCAAGUUUUUUCCAUAAAAUCGGGGCACGCCGGUACUUUAAUCGAACGCAACCCAGUUGUCGACGUGAAUCGAGCAGCUCAGUAGUAUCAUUUUCUACAUUCGAUUACAAGUCCCAAAAAAUGCAGGGCUGUAAGUUAAUUUCACAUUCUCAGUUAGCAAGAUGCGGUGUCAAAAUCUGUGCAAAGUAGCCUCUGGCGCGGGCGAAACUUCAUUGACAAAACAUGUCUUCGAGAAAGCGUAAAAAGUGGUACAAGGAUGUGAAUUGCGUCUUCUUCCCGGAUAAUAUUGACUGCGGUGUGAGAGGAGACAAAAAAACAUCCGCACUUUCGUCAUCCUUCUCAGCCAGGAGCUGGGAGAAAUGUGGAGAGAGUUUUUUGGACUCUACGCUCAGAAAGGAUGUGAAGACCCCAGAAAGAAAACUGUCAGUUUCAGCCCACAGCAGUGAGGACCCAGUAGACAUUGCAUGGAGCUCUUCCAGCGACAGCGGACAGUCAGACAACAAUGAAAUCCAGGAGCAAUGGCAUCACCAGCCUGUGGUCAAAAAGAGAUGGCCGGCUCACUCUCAGUCAUGCCCCAAAGCACUUCGCACUCUUUGCGCUGAUGAAGAUGACAUGGCAGUCAUAGAAACAGACGGGUCUGAGCAGGAUGUAGAAAAAGAUACGGGCCAGCAAAUCUCAGACUGCGAUUCGCUGCCGUGCAAUGAAGAAAUCGAAGCCCUCCGAGCUGAGCCUACGGAUUUGGACAUCUCGGGCUAUGCGUCCGAUGGAGAGACCGACUGUGAAAUAUUGACCACAAGCAUACUGGAUGGCGAGAGCCUUCAAGGUGGCAGCGGCGAUAGCAACAAAAGGUCUGUCAGCAAUUGGGUCCGAUAUGCUCAUGCCAUGCUACAGACGCCGAAGAAGACAUUUGACGGGCAGUUGAAAACCCCUGAAGAUUCGGCCAAAAAGAAAAGGAAGUUUCAAAGCGGCGGUCUUGCAGAGAGGCUAAAUCGACUUCACUGCAGGCAGAGAUCAGCUGUGAGCUUCUGGAGGUACCGCUCCACCUCAGACAACUGGACAGAAACAAAAGCGGAUAGGCCCGGCAUGCUGGUGCUGGAGGUGCUGGAGGUUCAGGAGGAGUGCGGCGCGCAACUGGUGCGCUGCCAGCACCACCCACCGCUCGGUCCCGCCAACCCCCAUGUGCUGGUGUUACUCUGCAGGGAGACUGCAGUGCAGCUCAGCCCGACGCCCGCCGACAUCAUCCACAUACACCCACCAUGGCAACGUCUCUCUGUGGAAAGCUUAGGCUAUGAUAUUAUUCUUAACACACACUUCAGCCAGAAAGUCAACUCUGCGCCGCCCAGAGGCCAGUUUGAGGCCAAACGGCUCGUACCGUACCCUCUAUGUCAGACGUUUGGAACGCUGGAGGUUUGCGGGGUCGCAGAGGAAAUGGAUAACGAACAGGUAGCUGCCUGUGAUGGUUCCAGCAGGAGGAGCUCAGCUGUCCUGGCAACACAAUGCCAUUCUCUCCUGGAAGCUAUAGCGGGCCUGGGCCAGACUGGUUCUGUGGCCCAGCAUGUGGUGGUGGUGGUGGUGGUGGUCCAGAGGGUCUACUCCAUCCCCGUGCCUUCUGCAUCCAUCGCUAGCAUCAGACUGCACUCCAAGACCUCCUCCGCUGCUCCUCCUCUUGAGCAAGGCAAACGCAGGCUUUGUGUGCUGGUCCAGGACAGCUUUGGGAUGUUCAGCGUGGUGCAGCUGCACCUGCUGGACCGGGAUGACCUGCGCCAGUAUUGCCGGGCGUGGCUCGGUCGGACCUGUGUGCUCCGAGGCGUCAAGGUAGUGCAGCGUGUCACCCGAGAAAGGCGCUCCAGUCUUUUCAGCUUGAUAGACAGUCUGUGGCCUCCGUUGAAGCAGCCCCGCGAGUGCCAUGGAAACGCAGCAAGCAUGCCCAGCAAGCGUCCUCCAAGCUUCUGCUACGUCCUGUCAGGUCAAGAGAGCUCAGUGGAACCCGUGGAAGAAAGUUCGAGUGUGUCCCCGCUGCACCUUCCGUCCACGGGGCAAACGUUGCGAGAUGUACUACAAAAUGACCACAAAACAUACUGCUGCAGUUUCAUUGCCACUGUUAUUUACAAGAGAAUACAGAGGUGCGAUGUAGGUCAAGGUGAGGUUUGGCUGGUGCUGACAGACCAGAGCCUGCAGGGGAGUUCGCCCGACUGGCCCUGCAGGCGAACGGUGCCAUUGCAUGUGAAUGCUUCCUGUGCACUCACUUCCUGUGUCCUAAAAGCGUUGAAUGACCCCGCGGUGUGCCGCUUGUCAUUCACAGACGCCAUCAAGGAACACGGUUUCCUGUUGUGCGUGGAACAUUCCAUCAUUGAAGUGGCGGACUCUGUCGACUCUCGCUUGACGCAGGAGCCCCCGGCCCAACCUGCGAGACUGGAUCCACUCCAUGUAGAGGUCACGCCCAACUCGCUGUGUACUCUCACAGGUGUGAUUGUUGGUGUGGAUGAGAGCGCAUCUUACUCCUUGCCCGUGUGCAGCCAAUGCGGAAGCCACGAAUUACAACCGAUACCUCCACCAGGUUGGAGUUUCCACUGUGUCUCAUGCAAUUCGACGAUGGACAAGCCAAUUACCAAAGUGCAAAUGGAGGUCUUCCUGAGCUCUGCUUCUGUACAAAAUUGCACCAUAAAGGUUAAGCUGCAGCAUAAUACGAUCAUGUCCCUUCUUGACACGGCCGUGCUGGAGCGCGCAACAGUGUGUUCAGAUUAUGAUGUGUCCACUGUGCUGGGGAAAGAAGUGGGCCCCCUCACUCUUUAUGUUCGAGUAGUCUCCAGGAGACCUUCACUGUGGAUCAGCCUGGAAGAGAUCUGCCUCUGAGGUUUUUUGUUUUGUUUUGGGUUUUUUUUUUGUCUACUUACCCCCCUUUUUAGGGCCUCUUGGUGAGUGCAUGAGGGGAGCACUCUGCAGCAGGAAAAUGAGGUGGUGUUGGUGUGGAGUGGCGGUUGACUGGCCCUAUGUGGACCAAUGGCAUGUGUCCUGUCACAGCCGCCCACGUGUUCUAUCACUUCACUUGUCGCGCAUUUAUUUAAAAAAAUUAUAAUAACCAUAUGAAAAAUAAACUUGUGUUACUGCUGACAUUUGACUACACCACAGCCCAUUGUGCACCUUUACAGUUGUUUUUUUUUUUUUUUUUUAUUGUAGCAUCCAUAAACAAAAAAAGUUUCAUACAAACUAUAGAAAAAAGAUCAUGCUCUGGCUCUUAUACAAAGUCUGGAAUUAUAAAACAUGUACCAUGGCAGGUAUGUAUGACAUCAUGUAAAUGCAGUGGUAAAAUAAUUUAAUAA